AUGGCUACAGUAGCCCAGAAGCACUUUUUGGAAGGGCAGACGUACUCAGUCCCCCUGAUCCAACCGGACUUACGCAGGGAGGAGGCUGUUCAACAGGUGGCAGAUGCACUGCAGUAUCUCCAAAAGGUGUCGGGCGAUAUCUUCAACAGGAUCUCUCAGCGGGUGGAGGCCAGCCGGGCACAGCUCCAGGCAAUUGGUGAGAGAGUCACGCUCGCCCAAGCGAAGAUUGAGAAGAUAAAGGGCAGCAAGAAGGCUAUUAAGGUAUUUUCCAGUGCCAAGUAUCCAGCCCCUGAACGACUGCAGGAGUACAGUUCCAUUUUUGCUGGUGCAGAAGACCCAGCUAAACAGAAAUGGCCAAGACACAAGAUUCAGAGCAAACACCGAGUGCUGGAUGAGAAAGCUCUGCAGGAGAAGCUCAAGUAUUUCCCUGUAUGCCUGAGCACCAAAAUUCACCAGGAGGAUGAUGCAGAAGAAGGCCUUGGCAGCCUCCCCAGGAACAUCAGCUCCCUCAGCUCCCUGCUGCUCUUUAACACCACCGAGAACCUGUACAAGAAGUAUGUUUUCCUGGAUCCUCUAGCUGGAGCAGUGACCAAGACCCAUGUGGCUCUGGAAACGGAGACAGAAGAGAAGCUCUUUGAUGCUCCUCUCUCCAUCACCAAAAGGGGACAGCUGGACCGACAGGUAGCUGAAAAUUACUUCUACGUGCCAGAUCUGGGCCAGGUCCCUGAGAUUGAUGUGCCGUCCUACCUGCCAGACCUGCCUGGCAUUGCUGCAGAUCUCAUGUACAGUGCUGAUCUGGGCCCCGGUAUUGCACCGUCUGCCCCUAGCAGUGCUAUUCCCGAGCUGCCCACUUUCAACACUGAGUCGGUGGAGCCUUUGCAACGAGACCUUCAAGAUGCUGAGCUACUGCCGCCUCCUCCACCACCACCUCCCCCACCACCUCCUGUUAUGCCAGCCACUGUGCCGCCUCCGCCGCCCCUGCCCCAGCCCACAGCCACCUCUGAGCCAGCCCGGACAGCGAGCGAGGAGAGCAGCAAUGCAGUGCCUGCAGCUUUGGUCCAGGGAGCUCCGAAGGAGGUGGUGAACCCCUCUACUGGGCGUGCCAGUCUCCUGGAGUCCAUCCGCCAGGCCGGUGGCAUCGGGAAGGCCAACCUCCGCAGUGUCAAGGAGAGGAAGCUGGAGAAGAAGAAGCAGAAGGAACAAGAACAAGUGAGAGCUACAGGACAAGGUGGAGAUUUGAUGUCAGACCUCUUCAACAAACUGGUGCUGAGGCGCAAAGGUAUUUCAGGGAAAGGGCCGGGAGCCUCCGGGAAUCCCGAUGCUCCUGGAAGUCCUGCUGGUGCCUUUGCUCGUAUGUCGGACUCAAUACCACCCCUCCCACCUCCACAGCAGCCUGUGGGUGAGGAGGAUGAGGAUGACUGGGAGUCAUAGAUGCGGUCAGUUGUGCAUCAGUGUGAAUCCCGGGACU